UAGUCACUGAGCCUGUCGGCGAGCGAGCCGAGGAGAAGCCUGCGGCCGCAGUGUUUACCUCUCGCGGGCUCGGAGGUGAUGCGCUGUUCUCGCGAGACGAGGCCGGGAGGCGGUUCCGCUACCCGGCACGUGUCUCGGGGUAGUGCGCGCCGCGUCUCUCUUCGGGUCUCGGCGCCUUGGGCGCAGCGGGGCGUGCGCCAUGGGAAAGGCCAAGAAGGUCGGGGCGCGAAGGAAGACCUCUGGGGCGCCGGCGGGAGCGCGAGGGGGCCCGGCGAAGGCCAACUCCAAUCCAUUCGAGGUGAAAGUCAACAGGCAGAAGUUCCAGAUCCUGGGCCGGAAGACGCGCCACGACGUGGGGCUGCCCGGGGUGUCUCGCGCGCGGGCCCUCAGGAAGCGUACACAGACUCUACUAAAGGAGUACAAAGAAAGGGAUAAGUCCAAUGUCUUCAGAGAUAAACGCUUCGGAGAAUACAACAGCAGCAUGAGCCCCGAGGAGAAGAUGAUGAAGAGGUUUGCUCUGGAACAGCAGCGACAUCAUGAGAAAAAAAGCAUCUACAAUCUAAAUGAAGAUGAAGAAUUGACUCAUUAUGGCCAGUCUUUGGCAGACAUCGAGAAACAUAAUGACAUUGUGGACAGUGACAGCGAUGCUGAGGAUCGAGGAGCGUUGUCUGCUGAGCUGACCGCUGCCCACUUCGGAGGCGGCGGCGGGCUCCUACACGAGAAGACUCAACAGGAAGACGAGGAGCAGGGGAAAGCCAAGUCCCGGAAGGAGCUGAUUGAAGAGCUCAUUGCCAAGUCUAAACAAGAGAAGAGGGAGAGACAAGCUCAACGAGAAGAUGCCCUCGAGCUCACAGAGAAGCUAGACCAAGACUGGAAAGAAAUUCAGACUCUCCUGUCCCACAAAACUCCCAAGUCAGAGAACAGAGAUAAAAAGGAGAAACCCAAGGCAGAAAGCAAGCUGGAUGCACCAGCCUCACAGCUGGGAGGACCGUAGGCCCAGCCCGCUGCCCAGGGCAGGACUGCACGCCUCCUCACCAAGUGUUGGAGGAGUGCGCUCUAAGACAUCUCAUUUCUUCCUGCUCAGGCUGAGAGGCUUCGAAGAAUGCUUGGAAAGGAUGAGGAUGAAAAUGUGAAGAAACCAAAACAUAUAUCAGCAGAUGAUCUGAAUGAUGGCUUCGUGCUAGAUAAAGAUGACAGGCGUUUGCUUUCCUACAAAGAUGGAAAGAUGAAUGUUGAGGAAGAUGGCCAGGAAGAGCAAAGCAAGGAAGCCAGUGACCCUGAGAGCAACGAGGAAGAAGGUGACAGUUCAGGCAGGGAGGACACAGAGGAGAGUGAUAGUCCAGAUAGCCACUCGGACCUGGAAUCCAACGUAGAGAGCGAGGAAGAAAAUGAGAAACCAGCAAAAGAGCAGCGGCAGACUCCUGGGAGAGGGCCAACGAGCGGCAAGGGAAGAGCUGGAAAAGCUGCCGGAGACGAGCUGCCCUACACGUUCGCAGCCCCUGAAUCCUAUGAGGAACUGAGAUCUCUAUUGUUAGGAAGAUCGAUGGAAGAGCAGCUUUUGGUGGUGGAGAGAAUUCAGAAGUGCAACCACCCGAGUCUCGCAGAAGGAAACAAAGCAAAAUUAGAAAAACUGUUUGGCUUUCUUUUGGAGUACGUUGGCGAUUUAGCUACAGAUGACCCACCAGACCUCAGAGUAAUUGAUAAAUUGGUUGUGCACUUAUAUAAUCUUUGCCAGAUGUUUCCUGAAUCUGCAAGUGACGCUGUCAAAUUUGUUCUCCGAGAUGCCAUGCAUGAGAUGGAAGAAAUGAUUGAGACCAAAGGCCGGGCAACAUUGCCAGGGUUGGACGUGCUCAUUUAUUUGAAAAUCACUAGGUUGCUGUUUCCAACUUCCGACUUCUGGCACCCGGUGGUGACCCCUGCCCUCGUGUGCCUGAGUCAGCUGCUCACCAAGUGCCCCGUCCUGUCCCUCCAGGACGUGGUGAAGGGCCUGUUCGUGUGCUGCCUGUUCCUGGAGUAUGUGGCUUUGUCCCAGAGGUUCAUACCUGAGCUUAUUAAUUUUCUUCUUGGGAUUCUUUACAUAGCAACUCCAAACAAAGCAAGCCAAGGUUCCACUCUGGUGCACCCUUUCAGAGCACUUGGGAAGAACUCGGAACUGCUUGUGGUGUCUGAUAGAGAGGAUGUGGCCACGUGGCAGCAGAGCAGCCUCUCCCUCCGCUGGGCGAGUGGACUGAGGGCCCCGACUUCAACAGAGGCCAAUCACAUCCGGCUGUCCUGCCUGGCUGUGGGCCUGGCCCUGCUGAAGCACUGUGUGCCCAUGUACGGGUCCCUGCCAUCCUUCCACGCCAUCAUGGGGCCUCUCCGAGCCCUCCUCACAGAUCACCUGGCAGACUGCAGCCACCCCCAGGAGCUCCAGGAGCUGUGUCAGAGCACACUGACCGAAAUGGAAAGCCAGAAGCAGCUCUGCCGGCCGCUGACCUGUGAGAAGAGCAAGCCUGUCCCACUGAAGCUGUUCACGCCCCGGCUGGUCAAAGUCCUCGAGUUUGGAAGAAAACAAGGCAGUAGUAAGGAGGAACAGGAAAGGAAGAGGCUGAUCCACAAACACAAGCGUGAAUUUAAAGGGGCUGUUCGAGAAAUCCGCAAGGACAAUCAGUUCUUGGCGAGGAUGCAACUCUCAGAAAUAAUGGAACGGGAUGCAGAAAGAAAACGGAAAGUAAAGCAGCUUUUUAACAGCCUGGCUACACAAGAAGGCGAAUGGAAGGCUCUGAAGAGGAAAAAGUUCAAAAAAUAAAUUACGUUUUAUAAAUUAGGCAAGGAAAUACUGGACAUUACCUCACAUCUGCAAUUCCAACCCUCUGGGAGGCCAAGGCAGAAGGAUUGCUUCAGCUCAGGAGUUCAAGACCAGCCAGGGGGAGGACCCUGUCUCUACAAAAAAAAAUUUUUUAAUUAGCCAAGUGUGGUGGCACGUACCUGUAGUUCCAGGUACUCGGGAGGCUGAAGCAGGACUGCUUGAGCUGAGUCCAAGGUUACAGUGAGUCGUGAUCGAGCUACUGUACUCCAGCCUUGGCAACUGUGCAAGACCCUGUCGCUUAAAAAAAAAAAAAUAGAUCUUUUUUUUUUUUUUUUUUUUUUUGAGACAGGAGUUUUGCUCUUGUUGCCCAGGCUGGAGUGCAGUGGCGCAACCUCCACCUUCUAGGUUCCAGCGAUUCUCCGGCUCCAGCCUCCCCAGUAGCUGGGAUUACAGGCAUGUGCCACCACGCCCAGCUAAUUUUGUAUUUUUAGUAGAGAUGGGGUUUCUCCAUGUUGGUCAGGCUGGUCUCAAACUCCCAACCUCAGGUGAUCCACCCACCUUGGCCCCCCAAAAUCCUGUGAUUACAGGUGUGAGCCACAGCACCCAGCCAAAAAAGUAAUUUUUGUUAAAGUAGUAAUGCUGUAAUGUUGGUGUGAUUCCAACCUCCAGCCACCCCCCUACCCCCCCCAGUUUUGUUCCUGUUAAAACACCUCCUGAUGAAAUAAAAUGAAAUCUGAAAUGCACCUCUGGGAUCGGGAAUGGUCUGCGUGGUGUCAGCUGCGACUGGUUCACUGCACCUGGACAAGCCUCAGUUCGUGCUGCCAGGGUUGGCACUGGGGAUUCUGGCCAGUGUAAUUCCUGUCAACCACGGACAUUUGCCUUCAUGUGUAGAAUUUACACUGUUGUUAUGCAAAUUAUAUUUUCUAUUAUAAAUGAAA